CUAAAUGGCGUUCAAGGCGCCGCUACUGUUUGUGAGUGCUCUGUGUUUGACUACACUGACUUCAGCACAGCACAGCUGUGGGCAGCGGCUCCUGGUCGCUCCCCCAGGUGCUUCUCGUAUAUUGGGGGGCCAGGGGGCUCCUGAAGGGGCGUGGCCAUGGCAGGUCAGCAUCCAGAUCCAGUCCAUGCACCACUGUGGUGGGACGAUCAUCAACAGCCUCUGGGUGCUCACUGCAACACACUGCUUCCACAAAUACCUAAAGAUUGUCAGAAGCCAUUUCCGUGUGGUAGCAGGACUUCAUGUGUUAUCUGCUCCAGGAGAUGAAGCCCAGAUCCGGUCCAUCCGUGAAGCAAAAAUGCACAAGGACUACAAUGAAGUCACAUCUGACAACGACGUGACACUCGUGCUCCUCAGCUCUCCCUUCAUCUUCACUGACUAUGUCCAACCUAUCUGCACUCCUCAUAAUGUGACUCAUGAGUUCACCCUCAACUUCAGCCACUGUUUCAUCACUGGAUGGGGGAGCACCCAUUACAAAGGCAGGCCGAUGAACAGAUUGCAGGAAGCGGAGGUGGAGCUCAUUGGCAGGAGAACGUGUAACCUGUUCACAUGGUACGACGGCCUCAUCACUGAUAACAUGAUCUGUGCAGGACUGGAGAGCGGGGCGGCUGAUACCUGUCAGGGUGACAGCGGCGGGCCCCUGCAGUGUUAUAGCGAGGACGAGGAGAGGUUUUAUGUGGUCGGAGUGACAAGCUUCGGGGACAAGUGUGGACUUCCUCACAGGCCGGGGGUGUACGCCAGAACCAGCAGGUUUGCAGGUUGGCUGAAGACAAGUCAGACGGCAUCAGUGUCUGCUGCACACAGACUGAACACAAGCGUCAUCUCACCUCUGCUCAGUGCUGCUCUGAUGCUGCUCCGAAACAUCUGGACAGUCUGUCAGCAAUAAAAUGUCACUGCUAUA